ACUUCGAACUGCUUUUCUUGAGCUCAUCGAAGGCCACAAUGAUUGGAUAUCUGAGCUCUAUUUCGGGGCUGAACGUUCUAGAUAUCCUUUUGCAUGCCUCGCCUACUGGAGAAAGUUGUACGAGCUGGCGCCCAGCCUUCUUUCAUGAGCUCGUGAUGGACCAGAUUGGCUCAAGGGCAUCUUAUCCCGCAACCCCUUCAUCGCCUCAUUGGGCCGCGGCUGGACAGCGGAGAGGGUUUCUAAGACGAUAGGGGUUCGUUGGCCGCGAGGAAGACUGCGCGGAGCACCCUGGCCUUGAGCUUGAGCGCAAGUUCUGCCUUGCAGACCACUGUCCAGCAAACUCUUUGUGGCGUCCAUCCCGCCUGUAACGAAACUUCCAAGACAUUUGUUAAGUUUGAAGCCGAGCGAUCGCAGAUUGCCUUGCCGUUCCCACUCCAAAUAUUUAGCCGCAGUGACGCAUCUCUCCAGCACUGUUACAUGUUCCCCGCAGUGCCCUCGGCGAUGUCGGCCCCCGCUCGGCGGGCGAUCCCCACUUUCGCGCCCCCGCCCCCUGACUCCUCGUCUUCGACCACACCGCUCCCAAUUUCUUUGCCCGGGUCAAUCCUUUCCAUCUCCCCCACGUCAAGCGACACCUCGUCGCCCACUCCCACGGACACCCAGCAGACAUCUCCACCGACAACUCCCACGAGCUCUGCUGCAUCUGCGAGCUCUGACACGGCGACAGCCGGUACAGGUACAGCCGACAGCACUAGCGCAUCCACCACUUCAAGCUCUUCCAGCAUGAGUUCGCAGUCAUCGUCCGCAGUUCUCUUGCCCUCAUCUUUGUCGCCUUCGCCUUCUCCCACCUCUAGCAUCUCUCCGGUUGCAGCGACGUCACAUAGCAACCACGCGGGCGCUAUCGCUGGAGGCGUCAUCGGUGGUGUUGCUUUCGUCGUUCUUUUGAUUGGUGCGGUGCUGUUCGCGUUGCGCCGACACAACAAAAGGCAAACUCAGCAAGAUAUUCUUCCUUGGAGCAGCGGUGGUUUAGGCAGGCGUAGGGGAAAUGUCAGGAUCUCGAGCUCGUCUGGGCUUACAGGUGCAGAUCUGGGUGUAGGGAACAGCAACAGUGGGUACGGGUUUGCAAAGCGCAUGAGCGAGUUGGGAUAUCCUGUAACGGGAGAUGACUACAUCAACAAGAACAUUGGCGGAGCGGAGCCCCAUCGGCAUGCGUCGACCGCGUCGAGUGCAGGGAUGCUCCCCCACACCCAUCCUGCCUCUGUGUCCUCGCACACGCAUGUCAACGUUCACUCUUCCGAAAAUGUCGCAGGCUACUCUGAUGACGAGGAAAAGAAUUCAACAUUACACCAUUACGAUUCGUCCUCGUACUCCCAUGGCAAUAAAUCCGUUGACCUCACCGAUCUCGCGAUACCACACUUGCCAAUGGAACCUCCUUCUGCGUUUUCUCAUCAGGAACGUAACCGUAGCCGUUCGGUGACUGGUCAGAACCGUGCACUCGCUCUAGCCAAGCUCGAUCCAUUUGUGUCCAUCGUCCCCGCAUACUCGAACAUCAACCCGACCGGGGGUGCCUCGAUCUCUCGUUCGCCGUCUGCUGCAACAUACUCCAGCCAGAAAGACCCUUUUGCGUCGCCGACGGAUAAAUCACUCCACCGAUUGUCAUCCAGUGGCGGCGUCUCUCGCCGACCUACUAUCACGCGGAAGGCCGUCCCCAAGUACGACGAGUCCGAGUUCUCUAUGGCCGACAUGUCUUCCCCCAUCUCUCGCCCUACGUCUCCGAUCUACACGACAUCGCCGCCGCCGAUUCACCGGCAGCCUUCCCCGGCUUCCCCAAGUGGCGCUCACGUGGUUGCUGCUCAUGCUGUCUCGCCCUAUGCGCUCUCGAGGGAGAGCAGCAACGACUCCAUGCGCGAUCGCAGUCGAGCCGGCCUCGCGUCGCUACCGGCGCUGAACCACAAAACGAGCUUCGGCGAUAUAAAGCCGGUGCACUACUUGAUCCCGGAUAUGCCUCCUCCUCCGCAGGACUAGGGUGCCUUCAUGCUCAAUGUGAACGGUCUUCAUAUAUAACGCAUGGAUAAUACUAAGAUAUUUGUUUUAUAGGCUUUUUUUGUUUUAUCUGUCCCGAACAGGGCUUUCUGCGUUUCUCCUUGCUUGGAUGCUAUGCCUCUCCGAUCUCCUCUAUAACGCAUAUUUGGAUAAUGCUCUUACUUUCUUGACUUAUUCAUGACUGGGACCUGGACCCCUUCCUUUCCUCAUUUAGUUCGACUAACUGUUGAGACCCUUACGCUUACGACCCUUGCCUUCUGCAAUCAAUCUAGGAAUGAUUACGAUAGCGAGUAGGUGUAGUACCUUUAGUGUUUGUUUGACAUUACCGCUGUGGACUCUUGUUUGUAGCGUAGAUGUACGCGUGUAGCUCGGCUCAUGAUUCUGUCUCUUCUCGUACUUGGCCAUCGUCGUGGAGCCUGAUGCGAAUACAUACGCGUAGCCGAGUAGAAUCUCUCUCUACGGACGGACAUUCAAGAGGCUGUAGGCAACGCUAUGUUACUCUCGACGCUCGAGAUUUUCAUGCAGUACUUGAAUUUCAAAUUUU